GGGGCCGGACCGCCGAACGUGUGACGCCUGGGCUGCCGCGGAGCUGGGGAUUAAUGGGAAAAGUUUUGGCAGGAGCCAGAGGGUUCUGCGGAGCCUGCGGGACGGCGGCGGUGGCGCGGUAGGCAGCCAGGUCAGGCUGAUGGGAACCGCCCUGUAGACGUCCAUCUUCGUUCAGACCCAGAUGAUGCCAGAGCUAUGACCGGGCCUGCAGGCGUGGUGCCGAGGGGAGAUCAGCCAUGGAGCAGCCACAGGAGGAGGCCCCUGAGGUCCGGGAAGAGGAGGAGAAAGAGGAAGUGGCAGAGGCAGAAGGAGCCCCGGAGAUCAAUGGGGGACCAGAGCAUACACUUCCUUCCAGUAGCUACACAGACCUCUCCCAGAGUUCCUCGCCACCCUCACUGCUGGACCAGCUACAGAUGGGCUAUGACGGGGCCUCAUGUGGCAGCCUCAACAUGGAGUGCCGGGUGUGUGGGGACAAGGCAUCAGGCUUCCACUAUGGUGUUCAUGCCUGCGAGGGGUGCAAGGGCUUCUUCCGCCGGACGAUCCGCAUGAAGCUGGAGUAUGAGAAGUGUGAGCGGAGCUGCAAGAUCCAGAAGAAGAACCGCAACAAGUGCCAGUACUGCCGCUUCCAGAAAUGCCUAGCACUGGGCAUGUCACACAACGCCAUCCGCUUUGGCCGGAUGCCAGAAGCUGAGAAGAGGAAACUGGUGGCGGGGCUGACGGCAAGCGAGGGAAGCCAGCACAACCCACAGGUGGCUGAUCUGAAGGCCUUCUCCAAGCACAUCUACAACGCCUACCUGAAAAACUUCAACAUGACCAAAAAGAAGGCCCGCAGUAUCCUCACGGGCAAAGCCAGCCACACGGCGCCCUUUGUGAUCCACGACAUCGAGACAUUGUGGCAGGCAGAGAAGGGCCUUGUGUGGAAGCAGCUGGUGAAUGGCCUGCCACCCUACAAGGAGAUCAGCGUGCACGUCUUCUACCGCUGCCAGUGCACCACGGUGGAAACUGUGCGGGAGCUCACUGAGUUUGCCAAGAGCAUCCCCAGCUUCAGCAGCCUCUUCCUCAAUGACCAGGUGACCCUUCUCAAGUAUGGUGUGCACGAGGCCAUCUUUGCCAUGCUGGCUUCCAUUGUCAACAAGGAUGGGCUGCUGGUGGCCAAUGGCAGUGGCUUUGUCACUCGUGAGUUCCUGCGAAGCCUUCGCAAGCCCUUCAGUGACAUCAUUGAGCCCAAGUUUGAGUUUGCGGUCAAGUUCAAUGCCUUGGAACUUGAUGACAGUGACCUGGCCCUGUUCAUCGCAGCCAUAAUUCUAUGUGGAGACCGGCCAGGCCUCAUGAACGUGCCACAGGUGGAGGCCAUCCAGGACACCAUCCUGCGUGCCCUUGAGUUCCACCUGCAGGCCAACCACCCUGAUGCCCAGUACCUCUUCCCCAAACUGCUGCAGAAGAUGGCUGACCUACGGCAGCUGGUCACUGAGCACGCCCAGAUGAUGCAGCGGAUCAAGAAGACAGAGACUGAGACCUCGCUGCACCCCCUGCUCCAGGAGAUCUACAAGGACAUGUACUGAGGGACAGUGCCCAAGUCUCUCUGCAGGCUCCAAUGGGGCUAGCGUGGGAGGCCCCCCAUGUGACUUUUCUAUAAUCAGCCCACAAGCACAUGACCUGGCCUAGAGCGACAGAAUCACUCACUC